UUUGUUUUGCCGUGUUGUUGUUUUUAUUGUAGGCGGCCUUUGGUUUAUUGAUUUCAACCCGCCAGAUUGCCGAACGCUGAAUGCCGACUGGCACGCGAUAUGAGUCGCCGGCCCCCAACCCAAGGACAACCACCCAGCCAUUUAUCAAGUUGAGUCGUCGCGCCGCAUUUGGCGACCCGCUCCUAACGCCUUCCCCAGGCUGGCGACCAAAACACCGCCUGGAAUUCAAAUCCAAACGGCCCGCACAAACAUUCGCUGGGCGUCUGUCAACCACAGUGCUUGUUUAUCUGCAAAAUUAUCGCGAAAUAAUGUCCGUGGGUCGAGGCGUGGGAAAUUCGGCCAACUGUGACCAUGACGAGCUGGGAGAAGCCGCUGGAAUCUCCGCCAGCGAAACGGACAACGCCACCGCCCUGGAGCUGCAGUCCAACAAACGCAUCCUGUACUUCAGUGACGGUGUAAUGGAGGAGAUGUCCUCCGAGAGCGAGGACGAGCGGGAGCGGAACGGCGAUGAGCCGGACAAGUGCUAUGCCGUCCAGUUGGACGAGCGCGAUAUGGCACUGGGACCACGCCUACGUUACAAGGCCAGCCGGAUGGGUAACCGAUUUCUGGCCGGCAUCGACUAUGUGGGCGGCGGCCUUGCCUCCCUGUUGGGCAUCACGAACAACCAUAAAUACGCCAGCGAGUUGGAGCACUACCAGCGCACCAAGGAGGAGGCGGCCGCCGAGGACCUUGACAAUUGGCUAACGACGCCGCCAAACCGCAACAACAACAACAAUAACAACGGCCAGAAUGAAACCAUCGUUCUAUGUGGCCCCACACGCAGUGAGGCGACCUUGCCACCCAGCCGACAAUGAGGGCUGGUGGGUGGGUGGUGGCGUGUGGUAGUUAGGUGGCAGGUGGUAGACAGGUGGUUUUGUUAUAUUCCUGUUGCCUCAAGACGGAGAAAUGCUCAUAGAGUUAGGCGGCCGACAAACAUAUGAGACUUUACUUGGAAAAGCAAGAUCUUAACUUUCGAUACUUUAUUCGCUAGCAAAUAAGUUACAUUUAAUAAUUAAAAAAAAAGAAAUACACGUACGAAAUACAUA